CGUCAGCGCCCGACUGAAUUGAAACGACUAGCGACCCUGAACCUGAGCAGUUCACUUCAUCGUCAACAACGCUGGAUUUGGCUCGACACAGCCUGAGAUACUCCGUUGUAGCGUUGAGCUCUGACCAACAUGUCGACCAUAUCGACACAAAUCCGUAAUUUCAAGGAGCCUACCAAGGACCAGCUCCUCUAUGCCUUUUUCUCGAUCCCAGAUGCUCCGUCGCCGUCGUCGCAUGAAUGGCGUACGAAGGAUGGGAGCAACGAGAAACACGAUCCACCCGCCGACAUCGACAAGAUGGAGAUCAGUGCUGUGCUAACUCUGGGAGAGCAGGGCAUAGAAGAUGCCUACGCAGGCAAACUCUACCUCAUACCACCCUAUCUCUCUUUCAUCUCGCUAGACCGCAAAUCAGUUCGGUUUACCAUGCCCCUGUCGACGGUGCGACGCGUCGAACGUCUCAAUGCUCGUGCGGGUGUAUACGCGCUUAGCUUGAUCACCUGGCACUCGUCAAAGAUCAUCGUUCAGUUGACUUCCUUACGUCCCACCGCAGACGCAUUUUGCGUCCUCUUGAGGGACGCGCUCAAAGUCGAACUCCAGCGCGGUCAAAUGAAAGUUGUCAAAGGCUUCGUCAAGACAUGCUACUCUGAACAUCUUCUUUCUUCCUCUUCUUCGUCCUCCUCUGUUACUAUUGCAGAUAGCAGCCCCGCCACUGAACGUGAGGAUGGGGAAUUGGUCCCGGAAACAAAGGAAGGACAGGAAGCUUCGGAACCAGAAUAUCUUGGUGGGUUAGGUCUCAAGUUCAAAUUCCCAGGCGACCCAAGGAAAUUACGAGAAGCUUCGAAGAUCAAGCUCUGGACAACGUAUCUGAAGACUCACGGCAGGAACCUCACCCUUCUUCGAUACCCCCAAUGCACGCGUCUCGUCCAAGUCGGCCUUCCCAACAGGUUACGCGGAGAAAUGUGGGACACUCUUUCUGGCUCACUCUACCUUCGCUAUAACAACCCGGGCGUCUAUGACGACGUCGUCCGUCAGAUUCGGGAGAAGACUGGCACACUCCUCGGCAAGACGAGUACCAGUUUCGAGGACAUCGAGAAAGAUUUGCAUCGGAGUCUUCCCGAAUAUGCCGGAUACCAGUCUGAAGAAGGAAUUGAUGCCUUGCGCAGGGUGUUGCAGGCGUAUUCGUAUAAGAAUCCCCACGUUGGGUAUUGUCAGGCGAUGAACAUCCUUGCAGCUGCUAUCCUAAUAUACAUGUCCGAAGAGCAAGUGUUUUGGUUAUUAGAAGUACUUUGUGACCGUCUCCUCCCAGGGUAUUACAGCCCUACAAUGCACGGCACCCUUCUUGAUCAACGUGUUUUCGAAUCGCUCGUUGCGCGUCACCUACCAGAUAUUCGUGACCAUUUCCAAUCCGUGGACGUCCAACUCUCUGUGGCCUCCCUGCCUUGGUUUUUGAGUUUGUAUAUCAACUCGAUGCCCAUGAUAUUUGCCUUCCGGAUCGUCGAUUGUUUUUUCUGUAUGGGUUCAAAGGUGCUUUUUCAAAUUAAUGCGGAAAAGUUGUUGCUGGUACAGGAUGAUGGUGGGUUCUUGAGCCUCAUGCGCGAAUAUUUCUCUACCCUCGACGACUCCGCACAUCCGACCUCACCUUCCCCCCGUACACGCGCCAUAACGUGCUUCCAACACCUCCUCUUGAUCUCCUUCCGCGAAUUUUCAUCCAUCACGUCUGAAGUUAUUCUUGCCGAACGCCGUAAACUUAGGAACGAAGUGGUGAAUACGAUCGAGAGCUUUGCAAAACGCGCGGCGGUAAGGAAUUUAAGGACUUUUGGAAGAGUUGGAAAGGAACGUGCGGGGUUUGUUUAUGAUGCAUUGUAUAAGGCGAUGUGUGAGGAGCCGCCGCCGCCGGAGCUGGCGAAUGGGAGUCCUUAUGGUUUGUCGUCGAAGGAUGGCGAUCAUGGGGAGAUGACUGGGGUGACGACAGGGACGCUUGUUCAGGUGAUAGACGGUCAGCAGGAAAAGGUCGAGACGAAGAUCGGGUUGAAGACGUUCAGAGUAUUCCUGGGUGAAAUUGCGACGUGGGCGAGAGAUGAAAAGGUGAUUUUUAAUGGGUUUCAGCAACGUAUCGAUCGCCAAGUUGCAGAACACGAAUUGAUAGAUCGGCUAUUUUACUUCUGGGAUACGUCAUGUCGGGGAUCGUUGUCGUUCCAGGACCUUGUCUCCGGCUUGGACGGUGUCAUGUUUAACGAUCUGAUGGAAAGUAUUGAAUGGUUUUUCAAUUUGCAUGAUAAAGAUAAAGAUGGGUAUCUCACCAAAGACGAAGUGUUGACUUUAUCCGAGUCGUUGCUUUUCAUAUUCCGUCACGAAAUCGGGGAUACCUAUCUUGGUGCAGUGAGCAGGUUCAUGAGUAAUGCAUUCGAGUAUGGCGAUGCGUUGUUGGAUGCAGGACAGGGGCGCGGGGCCGGGGACGAUCACGGGUUUGGGGAGAGGCGGGGACAGGAGCGGGAAGGCUAUGCGAAUUUGGGAAUGGAGGAGGCCGGGAUGGCGGAGAGGAAGCGUGCGGCAGAGAUCGGCAAUAAUCAACCUUACUUGAAUCUCGCUACAUUCCGCAUGGUCGUUCUUGCCGACGAGAUUCUCGAAUCCUUCUUCGAAACCGAUCUUGCAGCAUCCUUCCGGCUCGAGCCAGUCAUCGACCUCGAGCUCCCGACACACGCGAGUGGCGGGCUCUUGGGCGAUUUAUGGUCGAAUAUCGCGACGUCGGAUAACAAGAGGAUAUUCCAUAAAUUGAGCGAUGAACUGGGGAAAACCAUUGGGAAACAUCAGGUUAUGUAUCGCCCUGCGAUUGGUCGCUACACUCGUGCAGAAGAACCUCGAGCCCGCGAAUCCAUUCUUUCUCCCGUACCUUCCAAAUCCACAACUGGCUCUUCAUCUGGCGACUCUUAUACACUCGCACCAUCCACUUCGUCGUCAACACUCACGAUCGAGCCUCCGCUACCUCCACUUCCUCACGACGAUAAUUUAGCACCGGCGUUGACACCUUCCGCAGCACUGUCAUCCGCUGGUCUGGCGACUAUGCCGCACCUCCAGGCCGUGAGCGCUGCCUUCCUCGAACGAACACCGUUCGCGAUUGAUGAUGUAGGGGACGAAGACGGAGAUGACGAAGACGAUAGCGAGCUGGAUGAAGUGCAUGGUGGAGAUGAGGACGAUGAUCAGGUUAUGGAUGAGGUCGACGCCUUCCUGGAAGCCAAUGACUCUGGAUUAUCGGAGGCAGAUAAGCAGGUUGCAAGAGACCUCGUCAACGCCAAGCCAAUGUAAGCCACCUACGGAUAGAUGUCUCACUUUGCACAUAUGUAUGUACAUUACCACAAUCAUCAAUCUAUCUCUUCACGUCAUAUGUCGUCGUGGACGAAGCCUUCAAUUUAGCCUGUCAAUGGACAGCGCUGGGCGGAUUGAUAUUCAGCACUUGGGUGCAUAUAAAUAAAUAAAAACUGUCUGGAUGUUUGUCACUUUUUCAAAGAUUGGCUGGUAACUCAGUCAGUAAUAAUCCAUAAAUUAUGAG